CCGGUUGUUUAAUCCGAUUGAGUCGUAAAAUAAAAGAAUAUUCCUUGGGAUUGCACGUAUGAUCCUCGGCUACUUAAGUGAGCGAAGUGCCAUCAUCGUGCAAUGUGAUGCUUUUCUCCGCCACAUUUACAAAAAGGGGACUUUUAUAUCACUACCAGCGAAGUCAAGAGUUGGAGGAGACCCUGUCUGUCAAUCUCCAUGGCUGCGUUUCCAAGCGUUGCUCCAUUUGUUCUUCUGUUACUAUUUGUGGGAUGCUCCGCCAGGCCUCUCUACCCUCUUCCUAGCCGAAGAAACGACCGAACCAAACAGCCCUUACAAACUUUUCGCCCAUUUAACAUCGCACACCGAGGUUCAAAUGGAGAAUUCCCCGAAGAAACCGCUCCUGCAUACAUGAGGGCUAUUGAAGAAGGUGCUGACUUCAUUGAAACAGAUGUUUUGGCAACAAAAGACGGUUUUCUAAUAUGUCAUCAUGAUGUAACCCUUGAUGAUACAAGUGAUAUAGCUGAUCAUAAAGAGUUUGCAGACCGAAAGAGGACUUAUGAAGUUCAAUGGGUCAACACAACUGGCUUUUUCACUGUUGAUUUCACACUGGCUGAACUGCAGACCCUUAAAGCAAAACAAAGAUAUUCUUUCCGAGAUCAACAAUAUAACGGAAAGUUCCCUAUAAUAACAUUUGAGGAGUACAUUUCAAUUGCACUUGAUGCCCCUAGAGUUGUUGGAAUAUAUCCAGAAAUAAAGAACCCAGUAUUUGUUAAUCAGCAUGUUAAGUGGUCAGGUGGUAAGAAGUUUGAAGACAAGUUUGUUGAAACCCUUAGGAAGUACGGAUACAAAGGUUCUUAUAUGUCAAAGGAAUGGAUGAAACAGCCUAUUUUCAUUCAAUCCUUUGCCCCGACCUCUCUUACCUAUGCAUCCAACCUCACUGACCUGCCUAUGGUCUUUUUGAUUGAUGAUGUCACUAUAUUAACUGAAGACACACAGCAGUCCUAUUCGGAUAUAACUUCAGACAGUUAUCUUGAAUUCAUAAAAGACUAUGUGGUCGGGAUUGGGCCGUGGAAGGAUACCAUAGUUCCUGUCUCAAAUAACUAUCUGCAGCCACCUACUGAUCUGGUUGCACGUGCACAUGCCCUCAACCUGCAGGUUCAUCCAUACACAUACCGGAACGAGCAACCAUACUUGCACUUCAACUUCAGCCAAGAUCCAUACAAGGAGUUUAGUUGGUGGAUAAACCAGAUUGGCGUGGACGGACUCUUCACUGACUUCCCUGGCAGCCUCCACCAGUUUCAGGAGUGGACCAAGCCAUUGUCAGUAUAGCAUAAAAGGGAAGGGUGCAUCUAAAGUGCUGCUUAGAUUAUCCUGAAUGAUUUCAAAGUUUAGAAUUGGUAGAAUUGCAAAUUAGGGAGUUUUCAUUUCUUUUUAGUACAGUAAUUCUCAUUGUGGGAUAAUUCUUUCCACAUAUUAUACUACAUCUUGAUCCUUGCAGUUAAAAGUUUUACUGCCAUUGAGGAUUACCUUUUAAAUAUCUGUUACCGGAGCCUCCACCAGUUGCACUUAACUUUUCCAGUUAAAAGUUUGGCCUAU